AUGUCAUCCACUCAACAAGUUAAUGUAUUAGCAAUUGCAAGUUGUAAACCAGAAUUUACUCAAGAAUUUAUUGAAUUCUUUAAAACAAUUGUUAAAGAAUCAAGAAAAGAAAAAGGUAUGAUUAAAUAUGACUUGAACCAAGAUAGUGUAAAUCCAAAUGUAUUUUAUGUAUGUGAAGAGUAUAAAUCAAUGGCAGAUUUUGAAUUUCAUAAAACUACACCACAUUUCUUAUCAAUGGUAAAAUAUGUUGAAGGAAAAGUUGAAAGUCUAGAAAUUAAAUUAAUGAAACCAAUAGAAUAA